AUGAUCGAUAUUAACAAACAGGAGCUAACUGUACAGGCAGCACUGGGAAUAAUAAAAUUAAACAAAUCUGGCAGAGAAGAGGAUGUUGAUUUUAUGAGAAAUAAAAAGACUAUUUUUCAAAAUACAAUAUUAAAAGAAGUAUUCAAAUUAACUAAAUAUCCAUCUACUCAGACUAAAACAGAUUUAGGUAUCUUACUUGAUUUAUCUGUAAGAACAAUACAGAUAUGGUUUCAGAAUGAAAGAAGAAAUAAGAAACAUGAAUCUAUUGGUGAGGAAAAAUCAUAUAAAUGUGAAGUAGGUCCAUUGAAGCUGUGGAGAAUCUACAAAAAAGCGAAAAACUUUAUUUUUUAUAUUUAG